UGGCUGCCGCUCCUGAGGCGAUGUCGGCCUAUUACGGUGCGGCUACGGCCCCGGCCCAGGCCCCGACCUCGGCGCUGGUGGGGAAGGGGAGGACGAUGGCGGCGGAUGGCGGGGCGGUGCGGCGGCGCGGCGGCCCGCGGCGCUCGGCAGCGGCCACAGUGCUGCCUGCUUGGCGGCUGCACUGCGAGGGCGGCCGGCAGCGCUGGCGGUACCUGGCCGAUGACGACGAGGCAGACGGCGAGCGGCGGGCGCAGACGGCGCUGGAGCUGCACAGCCUCGGCCUGGACACGGACGAAGUGCUGCGGCCCUCGCCGCCGAGCGACACGGCCCGGGAGGCCUCCUGCCAGGGCAUGCGGUUCUACGCCGGCCUGCAGGCCGAGGACGGGCACUGGGCAGGCGACUAUGGCGGGCCCCUCUUCCUCCUGCCAGGGCUCCUCAUCACGUGCCACACUGCCAGGAUCCAGCUGCCAGAGGGAUUUCGGAAAGAGAUGGUGCGCUACCUGCGCUCUGUGCAGCUCCCAGAUGGAGGCUGGGGUUUGCAUGUGGAAGACAAAUCAACAGUGUUUGGCACAGCACUCAACUACAUAGCCCUGAGGAUCCUGGGGCUCGGACCAGAUGACCCUGACGUUGUGAGGGCCCGUGUCAACCUGCACAGCAAAGGAGGUGCUGUGGGAAUCCCUUCUUGGGGGAAGUUUUGGCUGGCUGUCUUGAACGUUUAUAGCUGGGAGGGAAUGAACACGCUUCUCCCAGAGAUGUGGCUGCUUCCUACAUGGUUCCCAGCCCACCCGUCCCGGCUCUGGUGUCACUGCCGCCAGGUUUACCUCCCCAUGAGCUACUGUUACGCCAGGCGUCUGUCAGCAGAAGAGGAUGAGCUCAUACGGAGCUUGCGGCAGGAGCUGUACGUGCAAGACUACACCACCAUAGACUGGCCAGCCCAGAGGAACAAUGUGGCUGACUGCGAUGUGUACACCCCACACAGUUGGCUGCUGGGGGUUGCCUACUCCAUCAUGAAUGUGUAUGAAGCCCACCACAGCACCCACCUGAGGCAACGAGCCAUUGCAGAGCUGUAUGACCACAUCAAAGCAGAUGACAGAUUCACCAAGUGCAUCAGCAUUGGGCCGAUUUCCAAGACGAUCAACAUGCUGGUUCGCUGGUUUGUGGAUGGGAAGAACUCCCCAGCUUUUCAGGAGCAUGUUUCCAGGAUCCCUGACUAUCUCUGGCUGGGCGUUGACGGCAUGAAGAUGCAGGGCACAAAUGGAUCCCAGCUCUGGGAUACUGCCUUUGCCAUCCAAGCCUUCUUGGAGGCAGAAGCCCAGAAAAUGCCUGAAUUCUCUUCCUGCCUACAAAAUGCCUAUGAGUUCCUCCGGUUCACCCAGAUCCCAGAGAACCCAUCCGACUACCAGAAAUAUUAUCGCCAUAUGAACAAGGGUGGCUUCCCCUUCAGCACCCGAGACUGUGGCUGGAUCGUGGCAGACUGCACAGCAGAGGGACUGAAAUCAGUUAUGCUGCUGCAGGAGAAGUGUCCCUUCAUACCCAAGCUUGUCCCUCCUGAGUGCCUCUUCGAUGCUGUGAAUGUGUUGCUGAGCAUGAGGAACUCAGAUGGAGGCUUUGCCACAUAUGAAACCAAGCGAGGAGGCCACUUACUGGAGCUGCUGAAUCCCGCAGAGGUGUUUGGCGACAUCAUGAUCGACUACACCUAUGUGGAGUGCACAUCAGCUGUCAUGCAGGCACUGAGACACUUCCAUGACAAGUUCCCUGAGCACAGAGCCCCAGAGAUCAGAGAGACUCUGCAGAAGGGCCUGGAUUUCUGUCGCAAGAAGCAGCAAGCCAAUGGGUCAUGGGAAGGGAGCUGGGGGGUUUGUUUCACCUAUGGCACCUGGUUUGGCCUGGAGGCAUUCGCCAGUAUGCAGCACACGUACCACAAUGGGGUUGCAUGCCGAGAGGUGGCCCAGGCCUGCCAGUUCCUCCUCUCCAAGCAGAUGGCAGAUGGUGGGUGGGGAGAGAACUUCGAGUCAUGCGAGCAGCGCACGUACGUGCAAAGUGCCACAUCGCAGAUCCACAACACAUGUUGGGCCCUGCUGGGGCUCAUGGCUGUCAGGUACCCUGACAUCAGUGUACUGGAAAGGGGCAUCAAAGUGUUGAUCGAUAAGCAGCUGCCUAAUGGGGACUGGCCUCAGGAGAAUAUUGCUGGGGUAUUCAACAAGUCGUGUGCCAUAAGUUACACUGCAUACCGCAAUGUCUUCCCCAUCUGGACUCUAGGGCGUUUCUGCCGGCUGCAUCCCAACAGCCCUCUUGCUGGGCAACUGCAAUCCAGAUCCUUGGCUGGGGCAGGAAAGACCACGCAGGAGGCCUUGUCUGCCUGAACCCAGGCCAUUGCAGAGGCCAUAGCCUCUGACUUGUCUUAGAUAUCAGCUGCUGCAUGGGACCAUGGGGGUGUUUCCUGCAUAGGAUAUCUAAGUGCUGAUCCUAACACAUGGACCACUGCUUCUGCCCCUGCUGCUGUGGUGCUGCAGAGCCUCUACUUUUUCUGUUGAACCUCUUCUAAAAAUCCACUUUUAAAGGUUUUUCCCAGGUAUAUCCUCUCUCACAGGACAGGGAGUGAAGUGCCUUUUCAGAUGAGUUUGGUUAUCUAGACAGACUCUCUCUCAUCCUGGGUAGAGCAAGGCUGCCUUUAUCUUCUCCUCAUGCUGUCCAGGUUGGCUAUCUGCAGCAAGAGUGUGGGAUCUGGGGCUCCCCUGUGCCCAGCAUCGUGAUGGGGUUCACUGCACAAUCCCUGUUGAGGCUUCUGUGCUGUGGGUGCCAGUGACUGUCUUUGAAGUGCUUUCUGCUCUGGAGCCUGUGCUGGGAGGGGAAGGUCUCCUGUCCUCCCUGGACAGAUGGGAAAGAGGAGUGCUUUGCUCAGUUUUCUUAGCAUUCUGUUCCCCAGCUAGUGGCACCUGGCUUCCCAGAGCCUCACAGGUGAAGUCACCAGCAUCAUUCCCCCUUUGAAAAAGGGGAAACUGAAGUAGAAGUCACUGAGGUGGUGAACGUCAGGGCACAGCCUGGAUCCCUGGGCUCCAGCCUUCCCCUAGCACAGCAGGUGCCUCAGUUCAGGCUAUGGUGCAGUUGGGCAUUCACAUUUUGUUGUCAGAGUUGGAAGUUAUGUUGACUGACAGGUUAAUAAAUUGCCAAUGGUGUUGCAAGUGGAAUUUAAAUGUGUGUUGGUCUCUGUAUGGUUUACCCCAGUGUGUGCCCUAAGCAGAGGGGAGCUUGCACAGCAGUGUCCUGUAACCUGGCUUGGGUUACCUGUCCCCGGUGAUAUGGGCAGCAUCUGCACCUAAAAGCAAGCCAUUCUUGGAGCCUGUGCCUGCUUCACCUCCUCCAAUGCCUUUGGCCCCAGAAAAAUAUAUUCAAGGAGGCAGCUGACUAAAGGGGAAUGACAACUUCCCACCACCUGCUGUGUACACUCAUGUGAAUAUGCCCAGUGUGCAGUUGGCUGCACCCUCUUGGAUUCGUUGCCCUUCAGGAUCCCUGGUCCAUUUUUGCAAAGCAGUUCUCCAGCCACUUGGCUGGCCUGUGUUCCUGUGUGUCGUUAUUCCAUUCUAGGGGCAAAAUACUGUAUUUGCCUGGGUCUAACUUAACAGAAGAACCAGAGAGUCAUAGACCUUCCUGUUCAACUAAUUUCUCCAGCCUCUGAGAAGCGGCUUUGCUCUGUACCAUCCCCCUUACCUGCCCAGAGUGGUAGGGUCUGCAGGCUUGCUGAGCAUGCACUCAAUCCUCUUGCCCAAGUUGUUAGCUAGAAAAGUUUAUUUAAGCAAACUGAACUCUGCCUGUUUUGACAGCCCUGUUUGCCUUUUUCAGGUUCUAGACUCCUUUACAGCUGUCUGUGAUACUAUGUGCUUAAAGCACCUCCAUAUUCCCUAUUACAAGAAGGAAGAGGGUUUUGAUUUUGUUUUGUUUUUAAAUUGUUGUAUGGGAACUUGACAAAAGCAGUGUCCUUUCAACAUGUUAUUGUAAGUUUGGUUUUAUUCUUUUGUUGGAUACAGUUUCUUGGUACCUCAUGCUCCAAGCAACAUAGUGUCCCCAGGAGCGCUGCAGAGAAGAAGCUGUUUUAUCACUGAAAUCCCAUUUUCAUUAUAAACAUUUUGGCUGGUAAAGGGCCAGAGAUUUGUGAUGUUAGGUACCAGUUAGCUGCAUUUAUGACUGUAUGGAUUCUUUUGUUUGAAUACGAUCAGGCUCCAUAGACUUAUGCACAUCUAGCCAGAGCAGCAAGUCUCGAACAAGUUCAGAGUUGGCUGGGAGUUUAUCAUCCCCCAGUCACUGUCUUCCAACACAGGACUCCAGGGCUCCCAGGGCCCAUCAUGGGUGUUAAAGACAAAGGCAAAAGAAGGCAUUAAAUGUCUCUGCUUUGUCUACAUCCCUAUUUGUGAGGUGACCAACCUCAUCAAGCAACAGACCAAUGUUACAGUGUCAGGGAUGAGGACAGUUACUUGGGCUCCAGGAAGCAUGGUGUCAAACCCUGCUCCCCAGAAGUGCUAUCUGGCCAGGCUGAUCUGCUUUCCUUGGACAGAUCUCAAAAGACAAAGAGGUGCUUAAUUCUCGUGGGGUUCACAAGUCAUCUGGAUCCUCAAAUACAUGUGGAGCUUUGGACCUAGUUUCUGCUCUACACUUGAAUCCUUCUUGAAGUAGGAUUUAAUAGCACUUUCUUCUCCCCAAGUUUAUCAAGACAGACAAGAGAGGCAAAGACCAAAAAAGUCACCAUGACAAUCCAGUUGUUUGAUACUUAAGUAAUACUUUUCACAUACUCGUACUCAAAUAGUACUUUUUUCAUGCUGUCAUUGGGGUUUUUUUGCAUGUGGAGUUAGCUUGCAGUUUUUUCUUUUCAUACGGCUGCUCUAGUUGGCCUUGAACCAGUUUCCAAAAUAGUGCUGAUUAGUUUUUAAAAAAGAGAGUUUUUCUACCAGCAGUUAGGAAGCUGGACUUGUUGCUUUUUCAGCAAAGUGACCAGAUCUUUGCCACAAACAAAACCAACAUAUCUUGCUCUAAAACUCAAUUUGGUUUCUAUGUUGAGUACAAGACUGUGAUUAUGAUUCCUAAAUAGAGUGUGAAAGCUGUUUCCUAUGCUGGGAUAAAGGCCAUUUUAAUGGA